AUGGCGGACGACGUGGUGCGGGGUGUCUUACAGUCCUGGGGAUUUCCAGGUUUAAUUGACACAUUUAGAGAUAAUUAUAUUGGUGGAGACAGUUUUGGACUACUGGAUGCAGAAACAAUUAAGGAGCUUAUCCCCCAAAUUGGGAUUAGGCUUCGGUUUACUGAGUCUUACAAGACGUACCAGAAGAGAAACAAAGACAACACCAGUGGUAAUGACAAGUCCACUAAUGACGAUCACACUGAUGGUAAAGACCAAGCAGCUGCAGAUUCUGAUUCAGUGAGUUUGACAUGCUUCAAGUGUUACAAGUCAGUCAAUGGAUUACAAGCCCUAUUUCAACAUCACAGAUAUAUUCACAACAUUCACUCAAAUUCCUCAACAAAUAUAAUAUGCCCUGUCUGCCAUUUGUCAUAUGGGUUGUAUAAAACAUAUAAGAGACAUGUACUGCUUCAUCAUCAAAGAGCUCAGGUUGAGAAUGGUGAAGCUGCUGAUGCUUUCGUUUAUGAGCCCGACUUUGAUGCUGCUGAUUAUGAUGUGCAGGAGGGAGUUAAUUCAGAAGGCAACAUAUCUGAUAACGACUCUGACGAGGGCGAUAAUGGUGAAAAAUUUGAUGAUGUUAAGUACUGUUUGGUAGCCUUCAUAUCAAGUAUGAAGAAAAAAGGUGUUCCUACAUCCAGCAUUGAAUUUAUGACCAGAAACAUGGAAGACCUAAUGACCAAGGGUGUUUGUCAUGCACAGAAGACGAUAUGUACCCUUCAUGAAAAAUACAAUAAUGGUAGCCUUGAUGAUUAUUCAUUUGAGGAGGCAUUUCAAGGGUGUACAGUGAUCAGCAAGCCAUUUGAUGAAUUGAAUUCAGAGUACAAACAAAUUCAGUAUCUUAUGAGAAACGGAUAUCUCGUAUUACCAGUAGAACAAAUUUUGGGGUAUAUCUACAAACCACAGCUGACUAAAACUGGACGAAUGCAGCAGGUUAGACAACAAGAAUCAUUCCAGUGUGUUCCUUUCAAAAAAUUGUGUCAGACUUAUCUCCAACAGCCAGGAAUGAUGAAAGCGAUUUUGUCUCAUGAAAAAGAGGGAAGUGAAAGUGUUCUUGAGUCCUACAGAGAUGGAGAAUUUUUCAAGAAGGAAUUUGCUGAGGAAAACGAGAACAUUUUCCCAGUUGUUUUGUAUUGUGAUGAUUUCGAACCAGCAAACCCCCUAGGUUCAAGAAGAGGACAGCAUAAAUUGUGUGCAUUUUAUAUUCAGUUCCUCAAUAUUCCAAGGAAGCUUCAGAGUAGUCUUGACAAUAUCUUGCUUGCUGCCCUGGCAAAAUCUAAACUAGUCAGCAAAUAUGGCAUUGACUCCAUUCUUAAGGUUUUGGUCAAUGACUUGCAAGAAAUGUAUACUGAUGGUAUUCAUGUUAACAGUCCUGGUGAAUAUCAAGGUCUUGUAAAGCCAAAGCUGUUUCAGAUUUGUGGAGACAAUCUUGGUCUCCAUCUUGUCAUGGGCUUCUCUUGUGGGUUCACUGCAAACUAUCCUUGCAGGAGGUGUAAAGCCCCCAGAGGAACAUGCCAGGAGCAAGAGGAAGAACAACGGAAUCUUCUGAGAAAUCGGGAAAACUUUGAAGAAGACAUUGAGACAAAUAACCUUGCAGAGACAGGCGUUUCAAGAAAUGGAAUCCUGAAUGAACUUCCCUACUACCAUGUGACUGAUAACUAUGUCCUUGAUAUCAUGCAUGACUUCCUAGAGGGAAUGGUACCACUCGAAGUUAAGCUAGUUAUCCAGUACCUAAUCGACGAUGGAAAAUUCACAUUGGAGGAACUCAAUAGCAGAAUUACAGCAUUUAGCUAUGGUUUUGUUGACAAGCAGAAUCGGCCAUGUCAGAUAACAGCAGCAACAUUAGCCAAACCUAAAUCCAGUAGCAGACAAACUGCUUCACAGAUGCAGUGUCUGUUUUUGUAUCUACCUCUGUUAAUUGGAGAUAAGGUGGAUAGAGAUGAGGAGUCAGAUGUCUGGGAAUUGUUAUUAAUCCUUCUCGACAUUUAUAAAUUAGUAGUAGCACCUAGCAUCAGUAUAGAAGCAACCUUCAUGCUCAAGGCCAAAAUUGGAGACCAUCACAGUUUAGCUUCAACUCACUCCAAAGCAGCACCAUUUACUGCACUAUCCUAG